GUAGAAAAAUAAUUAGUGUCCCUCCCGUUUAUGGCUGAAAAUGCAGCAUAUCUCUAGUCCUCUUUUCCUGGCAAUCUAAAUUUUUGGCACAAAAAUUAGGACGCUUUUCUCCGUCUUUUAGCCUCAUUCUAUCACUCACUAACUCAAUCUCUGUCACACUCGAUCCUUUUCUCUCUCACCAUUGGAAGCUCUUAACUUCUACUUGCUUCCUGCUAGCACAGGAUGUCAGUUUCCAUAGCUUCUGGUAUCUAUACUUGCAACCUUCCAAAGCCGUCAAAUUUUAGAGGUAACCCAGAAAAUUUCUGCCCGAUUCAGGUGAACCCAUUUCGUUUUACUCUUCCAUUUCACUUCAAAUUAUCAGAAUCCCGUAAGUGUAGUAAGAAUAAACUGCUAUUUCCCAUUUCUGCUUCAGGUAUAACAACAGAAACUCCUCAAAAACAGUCUUUUCGAAGCAAAAAUCCUAAGGAUAUUAAUGUGUUGAUUGUGGGUUCAACUGGGUAUAUUGGGAGAUUUGUUGUAAAAGAGUUGGCAAAGAGGGGUUAUAACGUUAUAGCUGUUGCUAGAGAGAAAAGUGGUAUUAGAGGUAAAUUUGGUAAAGAAGAAACUCUUAAUCAGUUAACUGGGGCUAAUGUGUGUUUUUCCGAUGUUACUAAUUUGGAUGUUUUAGAGAAAAAUUUAGAAAAAUUUGGGGUUGAUUCAAUUGAUGUAGUGAUUUCAUGUCUAGCAAGUAGAAAUGGGGGUAUUAAAGAUUCAUGGUUGAUUGAUUAUGAUGCAACUAAGAAUAGUCUUAUUGCUGGAAGGAAACUCGGUGCUUCUCACUUUGUUUUGCUUUCUGCCAUUUGUGUGCAAAAACCCCUUUUGGAGUUUCAACGCGCCAAGUUGAAAUUCGAGGCGGAUUUGAUCGAGGAAGCUAAGAUAGAUGAUGGGUUUACUUACAGUAUUGUGAGACCUACCGCGUUUUUCAAGAGUUUGGGAGGGCAAGUUGAGCUUGUGAAAGAUGGAAAGCCUUAUGUCAUGUUUGGGGAUGGGAAAUUGUGUGCUUGUAAACCCAUUAGUGAGCCUGAUUUAGCUUCAUUUAUAGUGGACUCUAUCUUGGAUGAAGAUAAGAUUAAUCAGAUUUUACCAAUUGGAGGUCCAGGGAAAGCAUUAACACCAUUAGAACAAGGGGAAAUGUUGUUUAAACUUGCAGGGAAGGAGCCAAAGUUCAUCAAAGUUCCUAUUGAGAUUAUGGACUUUGUUAUUGGUGUUCUUGAUUUCUUAGCUAAGAUUUUCCCUUCUUUAGAAGAUGCUGCAGAAUUUGGGAAAAUUGGGCGGUAUUAUGCUGCUGAGAGUAUGCUGAUUUUGGAUCCUGAGACUGGAGAGUACAGUGCUGAGCAAACUCCAAGCUAUGGAAGAGACACUUUGGAAGAAUUCUUCCAAAGGGUUCUCACAGAAGGUAUGGCCGGUCAAGAGUUGGGCGAGCAGAUGAUACUCUAGAUGUUUCUUGAUGUGUUUGUUUGUUCUUACCUUAUAAAUGUGCAUUGUGUCUUAUGCUAUGUAUGAAUAUACUCAUUUGUGAAAGACAAGAUUUUAUCACAUAGUGAGAUUUUUGGUGCCCACAUUUGUUCUGAUAAUGUUGAUUGAGAAGAUGGGGAAAACUAAUGAUCAGAGUUUUAAUUCAAUUUGAGAAUUUGUCAAUAAGCAUAA